AACAGAUUGGGGAAAGAAGUGCGAUGUGGCCCAAACCUUCUCGCAGGAUCUGACAGAUCUGAAACGCAUCUUGUGAAAGCACGAUGUCAACUCACUUCAAGAGCGGACCUGCUUUCGGACUCUCCGCAGAAGUCAAGAGCAAGCUUGCCCACAAGUAUGACCCUCAGAAGGAGGAGGAGCUAAGAAUGUGGAUCAGUGAGGUCACAGGCCGCAAACUUCCAGACAACUUUAUGGAUGGGUUAAAAGAUGGCGUUAUCCUGUGCGAACUCAUUAACAUCCUUCAGCCCGGCUCUGUGAGAAAAAUCAAUACCUCUCCUCAAAACUGGCAUCAGCUAGAAAAUAUUGGUAAUUUUGUUCGAGCCAUUCAAGAGUAUGGACUGAAGCCACAUGAUACAUUCGAAGCCAAUGACCUGUUUGAGAAUGUCAAUCACACUCAGGUUCAGUGUACGCUUAUUACCCUGGCUGGCAUGGCUAAAUCUAAAGGCUUUUACUCUAAAUGUGAUGUUGGAGUAAAAUACGCCGAGAAGCAGCAACGUAAAUUUGCUCCUGAAAAACUAAAGGAGGGUCGCAAUAUUAUCGGUCUGCAGAUGGGAACCAAUAAGUUUGCCAGUCAGAAGGGCAUGACAUCAUAUGGGACACGCCGUCAUCUUUUUGACCCUAAAACAGGAAUGGAAAAUCCUGUGGACCAAUCAACAAUCAGCCUGCAGAUGGGCACCAACAAAGGCGCCAAUCAGUCUGGCAUGACAGCCCCGGGCACCAAGCGCCAGAUCUUCGAUAAGAAGCUGGACAUGGAGAUGUGCGAUACCUCUGUAGUCUCUCUUCAGAUGGGCACCAAUAAGGUGGCGUCCCAGACGGGCAUGACGGUCUACGGUCUUCCCCGUCAGGUAUACGACAGCAAGUAUUGUCCCACCCCUAUUGACUACAUCAACAACGGCCAGGACUCAGAGAUGGAUGGAUAUCAGUAUUCUGACUAAGACCAACAGACAGCUACCAGCACACUGCUUUUAAACCAAAAUCACUUGCACUUUGAUAUUCCAAAUUCAUCCCAAGUGGGACAAGCUCGAGCCGAUUACAUCACGACCACCAAUCAGAGCCGAGUACUUCAGUGGUCCAUGGAAAAAAUUGGAGGAAUUUCUGGCGUUCUGCUUUACAACACUGGCUUUUCGGCUUUUCACUUAUGUAGUUUAAUUUUUUUGCAUGUACCAUUUUCCCUCAAGUAACAGAUUUUUCCAAAGACGGAGAUUUUAUUUAUGUCAUAUACAGUAGUGUUGUAUAAUUGAAAUGAGCAGUUGUUACAGUCUUUAUGAACAUGAAACACUUUUGAUUGGAUGAAAGAAUAGGAAAUCCACAAGCAACCUCCCAAUUAAAUCAACAGAUUCUUGAGAGAUGAUCUGAUCACCUGCAAACACAGAGGUUGGACGGAAGAACAACAAGAUGUUUAUUAACAUAUAUUUGAAGGUUUAAAAAAAACGAUUCAAGACAGAAGUCAUUCAGUUAAAGGUCCAGUGUGGGUUUUUAGUGGCAUCUAGUGGUAAGAUUGUGAAUUGCAACCAACAGCUUACCCCUCAAUUUCGAAACGCAUAGUGAAGCUACGGUAGCUGCCACAGGACAGGAUUUAGGGCUACUGUAUAAACAUGACAGUGACUUCCAUAUAAGGGGACCCGCAGUGUAUGUAGAUAAAAACGGUACUAAGGUAAUAAUAGCAAUACAGUUCAUUUUGUAAGAUCUUUAUACACCAAUGAAUAUUAGUUAUGAAUAUUACAUUGCAUUUCUGUCAAAGAGAUCCUUCUUAAAGUUGCACAAUGCACGGGUUUAAUUAAGCUGGGGUUAAAGUUAACAUGACUUACAAUGUAUCAACACAGAUUCAAAAAAGUUUUUUGACUUGCUUGUAAAUUCAAACCAUUCAUUUAUUCAAUAAAAGCUUGAAGGGUUUUGCCAAGUAGGUCACAUUUGUGAAACAACAUUCCUGAUAUCCAGUUAUAGGUCAAACUCUAUUGUUAACUUCAGCAUUCCUCUGUAAUCAGACUAAAUUAAAAACAUGUAUUUGAGUCCCGAGCUCCCUAAAAUGUUAUUUUUAAGAAUGCUAUUCAACCUACAAAGAUCCAAGGAUGUGUCUGGGGAAAAUCAAUGCUUUUUGAUUCAUUAUUUAAAAUUCAUGUAGAAGUCAGACGAAGUAUUUGUUGGUUAUUAUCACUAUGAAAUAAUUAAAACUGAACCAAAGAUAUUAGUCAAGCAACUGGGUAAAAUCUCAAUCACAAUACAGUGUUUUGUUUUAUAUUUUUUGAAGAGAGGUGGGCUGUCACGUUUUGUAUUUAAGGCGUGCUUUAUUAGAUGCAUUGCUAAUGAACAGACAAAGAUGUGUAGGGGACAUUGUUGUAAAGAAAACCAUUUAAACUAUUGCACCUAAGCUAAAUGUCAUUCUAAUUUUGUUGUCUAAUGCUGUCAUUUUAACUCAACUAAACCAGACCAAGUUCAAUUUUAGUGCCAUGUUUAAGAGCCAAGACUGCCACUAGCAACUAUAUAAUCAAUUACACAAAGUGACACAAAAGAAGUGACCAAUCAGGUGAAAGGGAAUCUAAUUGUGCAAAUGCACAACACACAUAAAGAGCUGCACUGUUGCUAUAUAAAAUGCUUGCAAGUUAGUAGUCCUAGUUCUUUUGACCUGACAAGGCAGCCUCACUGGUGAGUUAAAAUAUUUAGUUUAAUGAAGUUUUAAUAUUUGAAAGUGCAUAAAGAAUGUGUUAUUUGGCUUUGACGCUAAAAACACAAGAUCAUGAAACAAAUAGGAGUGGUUUCCCAGGCAGAGAUUAGACUAGUCAUAGGCUAAAAAAAAUUUCAAACUUAAAACAACUUGUACUGACAUAUCUUAAAAUACAUCAAUGCCAUUUGUUUUGCCUCAAAAUGUACACAAGUAAUGUUUUUAGUAAGGCAUGUUUGUUAUUUUCCUAAUUAAACUAAGGCCUAGUCCUGGCUUAAACUAAUCUCUGUCCAGGAAACCACCCCUUAGUGUUCCCGCUUGCAUUGAAGCUUCAAAAUGUGUUUAUUUAUAAGGCUUUUCAACAAUGUCCAAGCAAAUUAAAUACCAAUAAAUCACUAUUUUUAAAUUA